AGUUCUUGUCACCCAACCCGCGCGCUCUUAUCUUCUUCCUCGACCUUGAACACCUCCGCAUCACCAUCAAAAAACGAAAACCCUAGCUAUUCCUCCAAUGGCGCUCCUAACCUCUACCAUUACCCGGAGUACUAUAUACCCUCUCCUUCAGUACAACUCCAAGCCCUUCUUAUCCUCCUCCCUCUCUCCGGCCAAGGCCAGCCUCUCCCUUGGCAGGAGUUCUCAUAUCACGCACGCUAGGAGGGGCAUCUCAUCCCGCACUCGAAGGCUCGAGAAGGGCAGGAAGGGAGCCGUCGUCUCGCCUGAAGAAGAGCAGGAGGAGGUCGUGGGGGAUGUCGGGGAGGGCGCUGCUGUUGAAGAUCCAGGGGCGUAUGUCAGUGCAGAUGGGGUUCCUAUGCCAGAGCUCCCCGGGGUGGAGACUGAUUUCUGGGAGGGCCCUCAGUGGAAUGCCUUCGGUUUCUUCAUUCAGUACUUGUGGGCGUUCGGGAUCAUCUUUGGGCUGAUUGCAUGCGGAAUUGCUGUUGCAACAUACAAUGAGGGGGCAACAGAUUUCAAGGAAACCUCAGUCUAUAAGGAAUCUGUCCAAUCACAGGAGUUCUUAGAAGAACAAGAGUCAUCUGGCUCUGAUGUUUUUGAGGCCAAUCCAACGGAGGAGGCACCAAAUUUGGAGUAGUUAGAUGGUCGUAAAUAUGACAAAUGAGGCAUUGAUGCUUCAAAUAUAAGGUUGGUUGGAUCUGUUGUGCAUCUUUAUGCCUAAAAAAUAUGCUGUAUCUUGUGUGAUAUAGUUUACAUGUUAUUGUUUCUCCUAAAUCUUGAGUUUGUAAGAAUAAGUCUGGCUUAUUUUUCAAGCAAUAUUGUACAUUUUGUUAGUUGUAGUCAUAAAUUGAUCAGAUUGACUUUUGAAA